CUUAUUUGUUAAUGGUGUAAUAUAUAUAUAAAUAAAAUUAAUAAUAAUAAUAAUAAAUAAUAAUAAUAAUAAUAACAAAUAAUAAUAAUCAAUAAUAAUGUCAAAACCCAAAACAAGAUUAAAAAAAAUUGAAAUUGUGGAUGAUGAUGAAAGUUCAGACGAGUUUUUAAAUGAAAAUAAAGAUGUUAAAAAUAUUCAAGCUAUCACAAAUAAAACAAAUAAAUUAAAAAUUGAAGAAAACAUUGAUGACCUAUUCGAUGAAGAAGAGGAACCAGUAGUAAAUACAAAUAGAUUAAAAAAAGGUAUUCCAAGUUUAGAUGAUGAUGAAGAAGAGGAAGAAGAAAUUAUAACACCAAUUAAAGCAAGACCAGCUAGAAUUACAAAAAAACCUCUACCGCCAACUAAAAAUUUAGUUUUAAACAAUUUAAAACUAAAAAAGAAUAUCGAUUUAAAGAGUGAUGAAGAAAGUGAAGAUGAUGAAGAAAGUGGUUAUAAAGAAGAGGAAGAGGAAGAGGAAGAAGAAGAAGAAGAAGAAGAAAACUAUUCAGAUAAAGAAGAUAUUGGUGACAGUGAUGACGAUUCAUUUAUAAUAGAUAAAAAAGUUAAAACACCAAUAAAAAAACCAACAUAUAAAAAAACUACAAAAAAAUCACACGAAGAAAUUAAUAAUAAUAAUAAUGAUGAUAAUAAUGAUAAUAGCAAUAAUAAUAAAUCAAUUGAUGUUGAAAAGUUGGUUGAUCAGUUAAAUGGAUUUGUUAAAGAUGAAGAAAAAAAUAUUUAUAUUAACUCAACCAGCACCAAGGAAGGCAAAUAUUUAAAAAUAGAAGAUCAAACAUAUAAUCAAUUAUUUUGGUAUCAAAGAGAAGGUAUAAACUGGCUAUGGAAUUUAUUUGUUAACCACUCUGGAGGUAUUUUAGGUGAUGACAUGGGUUUAGGUAAAACAAUGCAAAUUUGCACAUUUUUGCAUUGCAUGCACUCUCAAAAAUUUAUCAAGCAUUCACUUUUAGUUAUGCCAGUGGCACUAAUUGAACAUUGGCUUAAAGAAUUUAACCGUUUCAAACCAAGAUAUCUUGUCAAAGUGUUCCAUGGUAGCAAUACAAAAGAAAGGGAGAAUUCAUUGUUAGAGGUCAAGCACCAAGGCGGUAUUAUUAUAACGACCUACGGUAUGGUAAUUCCAAACUUAAAACUAAUGAAAGAAUACAAUAGUAAGCCAUUUGUCUGGGACUAUAUCAUUUUAGAUGAAGGUCAUAAAAUCAAAGAAACCAAAACUCAAAUAAGCAAAACAAUGCGGGAAUUUAAUGCAAAACAUAAAAUUAUUAUGACUGGUACUGCUAUUCAAAACAAUCUUCGUGAGCUUUGGGCUCUUUUCGAUUGGGUUUGUGAUGGCACUCUUUUAGGCAGCAUUCGUAAUUUUACCACUCACUUUGAAAAGCCAAUAUUAAAAUCCCAUACUGUUGACAGUUCACAAGAGCAAAAAUCACUAGGUUCCGCAAUCGCACAAAAUUUACGUGAUAUCAUCGCCCCACACUUUUUAAGAAGAGAAAAAAAAGAUGUUUUUAAAAAUGGAGAUGAGGAGUCUUCAAAACAACCCUCAUCACAAGAAAUAGUAUAUAAUAAUCAAAAAACAGAAGAGGAGGAGGAGGAGGAAGAAGAAGAAGAAGAUUCAACAACAUCAGCAAUCAAAACACCAAAAAAAACAUUCAAGCUUACACCAACUAAAAUUAGAGGUACUACUAUUACACCAUUAAAACUAACACCAGCCAAAAGUUUAGCAAAGAAAAGAAUGUCAAUUGGAGCAAGUGGAGGUAUUAGAACCAGAAAGAAUGAUUUUGUUGUCUGGUGUAAAUUAGCAGAGAGCCAAAUUAAACUAUAUCAAAUGUUUUUAGAGUCCGACGAAGUUAAACUUGCAUUAAAUAAAACAACAUCACCAUUAGCUGCCCUUACAGUAUUGAAAAAGAUUUGUGAUCAUCCUCACUUAUUAAAUGAAGAAAUGAAAACCCUUUCUGGUGAGGGUGAAAUGAAGCAAUUUUUAAAUGAAGUUAUUGACAAUUUAUCACUUAAAACAUUGGUUACCAAUAGUGGCAAAUUUCAAUUACUCUUAAAGCUUUUACCAAAUCUCCAUACCGAUGGCCAUCGUCUUUUAAUGUUUAGUCAAUCCGUUAAGAUGCUAGAUGAUUUCGAAAGUGUUUUAGAUUUUCUCAAAUUAAAAUAUCUCAGAAUUGAUGGCUCAAUUAGUUCAACAAAGAAAAGACAAGAGAUCAUUGAUCUUUAUAAUACCGAUCAUUCAUAUUUUGCUUUUAUUAUGACCAUUCAAGUUGGUGCUUUAGGUUUAAAUUUAACAUCUGCUGAUAGAGUUUUGAUUUUCGAUCCAUCGUGGAAUACAAUUGAUAACCAAGCUGUGGAUAGAGCCUAUAGAAUUGGUCAAAAAAGAGAUGUUGUUGUAUAUAGACUUAUUACUUGUGGUACAAUUGAAGAAAAAAUUUAUAGAAAACAGGUUUUUAAGGGGUCACUAAUGAAAACAAUGCUAAACAAUCAACUUGAAGGCCAACAUAGAUAUUUUUCAUCAAAUGAAUUAAAAGAACUUUUCACAUUGGAUGAUACAACAACUUCAACUACUCAAAAACAAUUGGAAGAACUCCAUUCAAAAAAUAGAAAAUCAAGUCCAGAUCUAGAUGAACAUCUUAAAUUUAUUAAUGAUUUAAAGAUGGUAUUUGGAGUUAGUGACCAUGAUUUACUAUUUACCGAAUCAGUCCAAACUGAUCACAAUGAAGAACAAUUGCAACAAGUAAAAGAAAGUAUAUCUUUAGGUCUUAAAGCGAAAUUUACACCAACCAAAAGGGCAAAUAAAAAGAAAGCAAUUACAUAUAUCAGAGAUACUCCAAAUAAAACUCAGGUUAGAGGAAGACAAUACGUUCAUAUUAGUGAAGACUAUGGUCACGAGGAAGAAGACUUAAAAGAAGAGGAGUUUAAUGAUUUUCAAUCUAAUCACCAACCAUGGUUUGCAAAUGACUCAAAUUAUAAUGGUUAUAACUCUGUAAUGUCGCCAGUGGCUAAACCAACAAAAAAACAUCUAAAAGAUAUUAAUAUUGGUUCAAAGAGAACAAGAAAUGAACGUAUUGAAAUUAUUAGUGAUGAAGAAGAUGGAGUCGAAGAACUACACAGUAGCAAUAGUACAGCAACUUCAAAUAAUAGAGAAUAUAUAGAUUUAGAUAGUGAUAAUGAUGAACAUGAUGACACAGGUGAAAAGAGUAACUCAACCAUGGUUAUCGAUUUAGCUGAAGAUUUUGAAAUAGCAGAUAUUAUGGAUAAAUAUAACAAAAUGGUUAUAGAAGCAAAAAAUUUGGAAUCAGAAAAUAAAAUAAUUCAAUGUAUAAAUCAAGUUAUUGACGCCCAAGAUUUUGCCAAAAAUAAUAAUAUAGAAAUUUUUAAAUCUGAUAUCGACUAUUUUCAUUAUAUUUUCGAUCAAUUCUCUCGUCUUCCAACUCCACAACAAACUUUAUAA